AUGAGAUCAAGCCUAUGUUUCAUUCUCCCAUUAGUUUUUGCACUGUUUCUUAGACCUGCAUUUUCCAUCAAAAAGUCAUAUGUGGUGUACUUGGGUGGCCAUUCACAUGGAAAGCAUCCCUCAUCCGUUGAUCUUGACAGAGUAACACAUUCUCAUCAAGAGCUGCUUGGAUCAUACAUUGGAAGUUUGGACAAUGCGAGAGAUGCAAUUUUCUACUCAUACACCAGACACAUCAAUGGCUUUGCUGCUGUGCUCGAGGAAGAACAGGCUGCUGAGAUUGCCAAGAAUCCCCAGGUGGUAUCGGUGUUCUUGAACAGGGCAAGACAAUUGCACACAACCAGAUCAUGGGACUUUCUUGGACUGGAAAGUGAUGGUGGCAAAAUCCACAAGCAUUCAAUAUGGAAACAGGCCAGGUUUGGAGAAGAUACCAUCAUUGGUAAUCUUGAUAGCGGAGUAUGGCCUGAAUCAAAAAGCUUUAGUGACGAAGGAUUCGGACCAAUUCCCGAAAGAUGGAAAGGAAUUUGCCAGAAUGAGAAUGACAAAAGUUUUCAUUGUAACAGGAAACUCAUAGGAGCAAGGUACUUUAUCGAAGGCUAUUCCGCUGUUGCUGGCCCUCUUAAUUCCAGUUUCUUCACCCCACGGGAUGUUAAUGGCCAUGGCUCCCACACCUUAUCAACAGCCGGUGGCAAUUUCGUCCACGGGGCGAAUGUUUUCGGGUUUGGCAAUGGAACAGCAAAGGGUGGGUCUCCCAAGGCCCGGGUAGCCGCUUAUAAGGUUUGCUGGCCUCCCGUCGCCCCAGACCAAGAAUGCUUCGAUGCAGACAUCCUGGCUGGUUUCGAUCGAGCAAUCGAGGAUGGUGUUGAUGUGCUAUCUGUAUCCCUGGGAGGAGACCCUCUGCCAUAUUUUCAAGACGGUAUAGCCAUUGGGUCCUUUCAUGCUGUAAAGAAUGGCAUAGUUGUGGUUGCCUCGGCUGGUAAUUCUGGACCUGCCCCUGGCUCUGUCACUAAUGUUGCACCCUGGGUGAUCACUGUUGGGGCAAACACCAUGGACCGACAGUUUCAGCGUAAUGUAGUCUUAGGAAACAAAAAACACUACACAGGCGAAAGUGUUGCGCCGCAAGAGCUUGAAACCGGGAAGUUCUAUCCACUUCUUUCUGCUGAAUCUGCUAGGAUUGAGAACACAACCAGUUCUAGCCAAGAUGCUCUGCUUUGUAAGCGUGGAACUCUGGACCCGAAAAAGGUGAAGGGAAAAAUUUUGGUUUGCCUGCGAGGAGAUAAUGACAGAAUUGAGAAGAGCCACGAAGCUGCUUUGGCGGGUGCUGUGGGAAUGAUUCUUGCAAACGAUGAGGAUUCUGGGAAUGAGAUUAUUGCUGAUGCACACUUUCUCCCAGCUACACAUGUCACCUACUCAGCUGGACUUGCAAUCUUUGAUUACAUCAAUAAAACCAAGUAA